AUGAAACCAAUGCAAAACUUAUUGACUUUGCUUAUAUAUUUUUCAUCAAUCUCCAAAAGUCAGUCAAAGCAGAAAUCGCCGAUCAAUCAGUUCUUUUUGCUCGGACCAGUUCAAAAUCCGAUACUGCCUUUGGACGACUUGUAUCAGCAGCUGACAGAUUUGAACAAUUUCAAAUUUCUAGAGAGCCCUCCAAUAUGCAACAACGUGACUCAAUCGCUUCUAGUGAUAAUUGUGCCUUCGAAAUGGAGUUAUUUCGAAAAACGCAUGGUGAUACGUAAGUCAUGGGGCCGCCCAGUGACGUGGACUAGAGUUUUAUACCUUAUCGGCGAGCCUGAUCCCUGGACUAUGUCAUUCCAUGAUGUCCACAGAGAGGCAAUGGUGUAUGGUGAUAUAAUAAUGGGGAACUUCGUUGAUAGUUACGGAAAUUUGACUUAUAAGCACGUCAUGGGUUUGAAGUGGGUAUCGCAUCAUUGCAGUACAGCGAAAUAUGUUUUGAAGGUAGAUGAUGAUGUUAUAGUUGACUUGGAUAUGGUAAGACAGUUUCUGGUUCAGACCCUGUCUCCCUGGGGAGCGAGAGAGCUCAUCGCCUGCAAUCGUGUUGAAGAUGCGCCCGUUCCUCGCUCGAAUGAAGCUGUUAUGUUUCGGGAUAAAAAUCAUUUUGUGUCCUAUGAAGAGUAUCCAAAUGAGUAUUACCCUUUGUUUUGUUUUGGUUGGGUCAUCCUAUACUCUCAAGAUUCAGUUCGAUCUCUGCUCAAAGCGUCAAGGUCUGCGCCAUUUUUGUGGGUCGACGAUGUUUUCGUGACAGGAGUUUGUGCCCAGCAGGCGUCAUUAAUACCCACACCCCUUGACGUUCUUAUAUUAUCUUGGAAACUAGAAUUCAUGCGAGAGCCUCUGAGUGGAAGACGUGUUGACAUGUAUAAUGAUUUGAUCCUAUUUCGACUCAAGCAUGACUGGUCUCAACACGAAGCAUCAGGACUUUAUGGGAAUUAA